GUCUGAAGACUUGCGCCGUGAGUUUGGUCGUUACGGGCCUAUAGUUGAUGUAUACGUUCCACUUGACUUCUACACUCGACGUCCCAGAGGAUUUGCUUAUGUUCAAUUUGAAGAUGUCCGUGAUGCAGAGGAUGCUCUCCAUAACUUGGAUCGAAAGUGGAUUUGUGGUCGGCAGAUAGAAAUCCAGUUUGCACAGGGGGAUCGUACAGCUCCAAAUCAAAUGAAAGCCAAGGAAGGGAGAAACCUAUACAGUUCUUCUCGUUACGAUGACUAUGACAGAUACAGGCGAUCCAGAAGUCGGAGUUACGAAAGGAGACGAUCUAGAAGUCGUUCUUUUGAUUACAGCUAUAGAAGAUCGUAUAGUCCCAGAAACAGUAGACCUACUGGAAGACCUCGUCGUAGCAGAAGCCAUUCGGACAAUGAUAGGUUCAAACACCGCAAUCGAUCUUUUUCAAGAUCUAAGUCCAAUUCAAGAUCACGAUCCAAGUCACAGCCCAAGAAAGAAAUGAAGGCUAAAUCACGGUCUAGGUCUGCAUCUCACACCAAAUCUAGAGGCACCUCUAAAACAGAUUCUAAAACACACUAUAAGUCCAGCUCAAGAUAUGAAAAGGAGUCGAGGAAAAAAGAACCAGCUAGAUCCAAAUCACAGUCAAGAUCACAUUCUAGAUCUAGGUCAAAAUCCAGAUCAAGGUCAUGGACUAGUCCCAAGUCCAGUGGCCACUAACUGUAUCCAUGUUGUUUUUAGGCAUGUAAGAUUCAUUUACACACAGUUCAGUUUACUUAAAUUAUCAGGAAUAUGAUGUUGCAACAGUGCUAAAAAAUAUUUUCUUUGUAAGUUUUCCCUUGUAGCCGACAAUGGUUAAAAUUAAAACAGUGUUGAGAAGCCACUGAGGGAGAGCGAGAGAGAGAGAGAGAGAAUGUCCACUUGGUUAAAUGUCAUGGGCAGCUACUGAUUUGGUUGUGGUGUCUCUAUGUAUAUUUUUGUAAAGAUUUGCAUUUUUAAUGCUUAGAUAUUGGUGAUGACUUGGUUGAGCAUAACUUGCAACAUUGUCCUAUUAAAAAUGUCAUACCCAUAGAGAAAUUGGUACCAGUUUGUGCUGAACAGUUAAACCAACCGUUUAACUUGUUCUCCAAUGCUAAACUUUGUGAUCAGACAGAAAACUGGACAGCUGUAGUGCAACACUGACUGCUGUGAAACGCAGCCUGGCGAUUUC